UCCAACCCUCUACAGGACACAUGAGCAAUAUGAUGACGAGGUGUUUUACAUGGCUGUUGCUCUGAUGUUUUCUAAGAAGAGCCCUGAUCCUAACACAAAGGUGGGUGCGUGCAUCGUAAAUGAGGAGAGAAAAAUUGUUGGAGUCGGUUUCAACAAAAUGCCCGAUGGCUGUGAGGAUAAGUUUCCAUGGGCGCGUGAUGCUGAGGACAAACUGGAGAAUAAACACCUGUACGUGUGUCAUGCGGAGCUGAAUGCCAUCAUGAAUAAAACCUCAGUGGAUGUGAAAGGAUGCACCAUGUACGUCACUCUGUUUCCCUGUAACGAGUGUGCUAAGGUCAUCAUCCAAUCAGGUAUAAAAGAGGUGGUUUAUUUAUCCAAUAAAUACGCUGAAAGAGUAGAAACAAUAGCUUCUGACCGAAUGCUGAAGGGGUUAAUUCUUGGGCAAAGGCAGUUUCACUUAAAGCAGGAGGUCGCUGACUUGCUGAACUCCAUCGAUCCCUUUGCUGAGUGAAUAAGACCAGGACGGAGCUCUUCGCCGCUGAAAUACUGAAUAUUACUAAAACAUUUAAGGUUCCCAAAAUACUGAGGGGAAAAAUCCUAGUGAUGUUCACUAGAUUUUAAUUUUAAAUAAAUAUUUA